AUGGCUACCACCGCACCAAAUCUGUCGUCCUCAAUACGCCGAUGUAACACGGAACAUCACAUUGUUGAGGAUCGUUACUAUUUGCAUCAUCAUGCUCCCGACCACUAUCACAAUCGCCGUUUGUAUACAAUCAGACAACAUAUGUCCACUAGUUCACUGUAUCAACUCAUGCAAAACCAUGCCUCGGACAAGGAUGCAUCUCGAACGGUCGUGACCGGCAAAUUCAAACAGCGACGACGUAAAGCAAGCAUGUCAAGCAGUCAAUUGACCGCGAUGGAACUCCCCGCCAAGCGGCCCACAGCGAUCGCACCCGCGCAUAUGAUCCGGUCGCAUGCGCUAAUCCCGGCCACCUGUUCGCGUUUGCGUUUGGCCUGUGAAACAUGUCAGCAUACCGUGCACAAACAUCAAUAUCUGUACUGUAGGAAUUGCCCAGUCGUUUGUCACGCACGCGAUACUUGUCUGAAUGACAUACCCCGGGAUUGUCCCGCGCAUGAUUUGGGCCUCGAAGGAUGGGGUGAAAGUGAGUGGAUUGAUUUUUGUGUGCUGUUGAUUUGUUUGUUUGUUUGUUUGUUCGAGAAAUUGAUCGGUAACCAUGAACGUAUUGUAGACCAAUUGGUUUAA